CCUGGUGUGUUUUCUCCCCAGGGGAAGUGAGAAGAUGGGGCCAGUCGCCUACUUCAGCCUCUGCCUCCUAGGCUGCCUGAUCUUUAACCCCUCGCUGGAAGGGGCACAGGCUGGGCCCUGUCCCAGGGGCUGGUUCUCCUUCCAAGAUGAAUGCUAUGGAUACUUCCCCGAACAGCUGAGCUGGGAGAGGGCUAAGGCUCGGUGUCAGAGGUUCGGCAGCGGGGCCCAUCUCGCCUCCAUUCACAGCGAGGAGGAGCACGAUGCAGUCGCUGGUUUCAUCACCCGCUCUCAGCGCCAUGACGACGACGAUGUCUGGAUCGGACUCUACAUCCCUGUCCGGAGGCAAAGCUGGUCCUGGGUUGAUGGCUCCACAGUGGACUACAGUGCUUGGGAGAAGCAGAAAAGCUACUAUUCCCUGAAGGGGGAGCACUGUGCGGUGCUGGAGGAAGACACAGGUUUCAUGACUUGGGACAACGACUCCUGUAACGAUAGAAACCCGUUUGUCUGCAAGUACAGGCCUUAGGGGAGGCAGGUCGCCAGGCCCUGGGGGCUCCCCUGGGCUGUGAGCGAAUCGGGUCCCUCCGGCUCCCCGGGGAGACCAGAUCCUGCGUCCCCGGCUGUAAAGUCCCUUCUGCAAAGCAUCGCUGUGUUACGCUGUGUCACUCCCGCUCUGCUCUUCCCCCUUCUUGGGGAGUGUCUACUGGGUAGUUUUACCCUGGGCUCCCCCUCUUGUCUUUGCCCAAACCCUGCUACCCCCUCCCCCCCCCCGAGCCCUCCCGCAUGUGCAGCCUCGUGCUCCGACCCCCAGCUGGCUCGCAUGCCCAAGUGGUGCCUUAGCUUGGGCUCCCGCCCGCCCCCUUUGCAGUGACGGCGCAGGCAGGAGCACGCGAGUGACGACCGUCCUGCAGUGCCCUGCCCGCAGCUCCCCACGACUGACACAAACGGCUGGGAACGAGCCCUGGAGCGUCUCCCCAGUGCACACAAGGGCAGGAACACGGAGCACACGGGGUGCUCAGCCCUGUGCGCGGCUAGCCUGAGCGCUCAGAGCCGGGUGCCACUGCACCACGGCUGUCCCGCUCCCCCCCUCGUCUCCACCUCUUCACCGCAGGGAAGCAA